UUCCGGCGGAAGUUUUAUUUAUUUAUCGCGAAUAUAAAAGUAGGCCUAAUCUGAUUAAUUUUCCAUAAAUUUCGACGUGAAAUAUUCAGGUUUUUAAACUUCAUAUACAGUAUUGGUGAUGAAAAGACAAUGGAGAACAAGCCCAUUGUAACGUGUCAUGGGGAGCAAGAGUUGUUUUCAUCCAUCCACGUAGAGCUGGCCCAGAGCCUUCCAAGAGAAGUGGUAGAAUGGCGAAGAUCAUAUGGGCGUGCACCCAAAAUGAUCAAUGUGGAUGUUAACUUUGUUCCGUACAACUCGGACCUCCUUCCGACGGAGAAUGAUCGCAAACUGCUGCAGCUUCCGGUUUUUCACAUAUACUGGACAGAAUGUCCUGAUGCUGAUGCGUACAAGAUGUGUGUGAAGAAUGACAUCAGUGCAUGGCAGCAGUCUUUGAAGGAAUGCAACGUCAGUGAUUGGUUGAUUGUACUCGUGGAGACGUCCAAUCCCAAGAGAGGCAACAAACAGAAGUUCCUGCCUCGGACUUCUGUCCUGGACAAGAUUAGAAAUGAUUUCUGCAGUAAACAGUCAGACAGGGUGAUAGUUCUCCAUGAGCCCAACAACCCUGUUCCUACACCCCGGGCCCAGGACUCAUGGCAGCUCUUCAUGCAGCGACUGCGCUACCUGGUUCUCUUGGCAUAUAAUCGGGUCCUGGGCCGCUUUGAGGAGCUGAUCCGGGCUGAACGGGAGAGUAGAAACAACAAGGACUGGAAUUUCUGCCAGUAUUUCUUACUUCAGGAGGAGCUUGCAUUCAUGUUUGAGACUCUGAGGCAGUUUGAAGAUGCUCUGGUACAAUAUGAUGAAUUGGAUGCUCUCUUCUCCCAGUUCAUUAUUAACUCAAGUGCAGGAGCAACGCCCAAGUGGUUGUCUGACUUCCAAGCCCCGUGCAACUGCUGGGAUGGUCUAAACCUAUCCAAGCCGGUCAACAUGGAUAAGCGAGAGCUCUUAGAGAGGGGAAAGCCAACUCUCCUGGACGUCAGGAAUUAUCUCUUCUCAAGGCAGUCGGCUCUCCUGUUUCUACUGAAGAGACCAAGUGAAGUAGCUUACAGGGCACAGAACUUCAUGCAUAACUGUGUGCAAGAGCUUAAGAUACUGGAGGUCAGUAUGCCGCAGGGCAGCAUUGCAUGCUGGGUAUUUCUGAGCUGCCUGGAGGUGCUGCAGAAGUGUGAGAAGAGCAGUGACACAGCACACAUCAAUACCUAUUCACACUAUACAGCAAGUCUGUGGCUUUAUGCACAAAAAAAGCUGAAUGAGUUGGGCGAGCUUGGAGGCUUGAUGCCCGAUACGUCGCCUACCUCAGAGCAGCUUAACUCGGUGGUAGACCUCCUCUCAGGGAUGGGACAAACAGCAGAGGUUGGAGCCAGGGAGAACAGCCCCAAUCAGAUGCUUAGGGAAGCUCUCAGCUCACAAGAUUCUUUCUCAAAACAUUACCUGGAAUUGUCUGAGUUAGCAAUGGGAACAUUCAAGCAUAUAGGAAGAAUGCGUUCUGCAAAGCUGAUUGGCAAAGAUCUGGCUUCAUUCUACAUGAAAACUGGAGAGCUUCACAAAGCUGAGAGUUUCUUGUCUGAUGCCCUUAAGGUGUAUGAGGCAGAAGGAUGGGGUAUGAUGACAGCUUCGACCAGAAAGGAGCUAGCUGGAUGUUACAAGAAGCUUGAUAACAAUCUCAAAUACCUGAAGCUGUGCUGUCAGCUGGCUGCAGACAAGUUUGUUGACCCUGACAGAAUGAACUACUUUAAGGAGAUAAACCGGGUCGCAGCAAUCGAUGUGCCACAAACUGAAGAGAAAGCAGAAAAAGCUCUGUAUCUAUGGGAUUUCAUCUUUGCCCCGCCUACCUUGUCACUGGACCCACCUAACGGUCGCGUUGGCAAGGAGGAGGUCAUCAACAUCAAGGUCACCUUCACCUCCAACCUGCCUGCACCAAUCACACUCCAUCAAAUCACUCUUCAGCUGCAUGAUCAGCUCUCAUUGGCCAGUGGUGGUGGAGAGAGCCAGCCAAUCAGAUUAGAGAAGAGCCCUUCCCAGGACAGCCUGCAGAGACUUAGGUCCCUGGAUGCCAGGGCUCAGGUCAGUGGCCGUGAAAAAGGUGGUGUGAUUCCAGUCUUUGGGUCGGAGGUCAAGUUUGGAGAGGAAAGCAGGAAAUUGGUUGAGACAAGCUCCUUGGUGUGUACCAAUGCUAAUGUGAUCCUCCAGAGGCAAGAUAGCUCUACAUCACUCAAGAAGAACAAAGAUGUGGUCACCAAGGAAAUGUGUUCAACAACACUGGUCCUUCAAGAUAUUGAGCUGAAGCCUGGCAAGAAUGAACUGGAAUUUAAAUUUCAGUCUGCAGAAAAUGGUACAUUUGAAGCAAAGCAGCUGAUAUGCCAGAUCUACAAUGCAGAAUUUCUUGCCAAUUUAGAGCAGUACUGCACAGAGAUCGAAGUGUUCAGCAAGGAGGCCCAGCUGACCAUCACAACAGAGUCUGACCUGCUGUGUGGAAUCCCUCAAGACAUUACCCUCCACCUGACAACCGGCUACACCCCUAUCCCAGAGAGCACCACCCUGGCCAUCACCACGCCCACCAGUCUUGCCAUCCUCCCAUCCAAGUCGGAGGAAUACGAGGUGGAGUCCGUGGAUGACGGAGGGAAGGUUCGGUUCGUGGAGGGAGUCAAGAGCAAUGAAGAGAUAGAUCUGAGGGUUGGGGUAGUAGCGGACAUGUGCAGACAGAGUGAAGGCAAUAAACAGAACAUUCAGUUUUCUGUUGAAUGUCCAUGGUCAGAGACAGUGAUGACAACUCUAGAAUUCACUAACCCUUUCACCUUCAAACAAAGAAUAUAUACUGCUGGACAGAGGAAGUUUCUACAGGUGACAGUGGAAAGCUCAUGUGAUUUGACCUUUGAACUCAGUGGUCAGUCAUUGGAGGUCACAGGUGACAGGUUACUCACUCUAACACCACUACACCCCAUCAAAAGCAUUCCACUGCAAGGUAACCAGUCAGUCUCCUAUGUUUGGGAGGCUAAGCCAGUCCCAGACACCUCUCAACCAGCAGGGCCCCUUGGGUUUCAUUACUCUGUGAGUUACAGGCCCAUCAUGCCCUCCCCAGUCACCAGCCAAGACCAGCCCCUCAAGUCAAUCUCAUGUGAUUUUGAGAUCAUCAAUUUUGAGACCUUGUUCAUGAUCACAUCUAUCAUCAAGCCUCCCAAGAAGGAGGAGCUAUGCAAAGCAGGGACUCUCUGCACCCUGGACGUAGCCAUUAAGAUGCUGGACACGCCCCCUCCAGCUGCAACCACACCCACUCCUAGUGGAGACACGCCCACUCCUAGUACCAAGCCCAACCCACCCAAGUCACUCAUGUAUGAGAUUGAUACUGAGGGAGGCAUGUGGGCCGUCUGUGGGCGCAGCACUGGGGUCGUUGCCAUGCCAAGCAAACAGUCAGGGGUCACAGAGGUCACGUUGGAGGUCAUUCCACUCAUUGCUGGCUUUCUACCCAUGCCUGACAUCAGACUGAGUCAGUAUUUGAAGGGUGUGGAUCCAAAUGAAGGGAGCCACCCUCUUGCAGAGAGCAGCGGAGAGCAAGCAAAGAAGACGAUUAGCUCUAGUAACACCAAGCCAACUAUCCUGCCAUUCAGUGAAAGUCAGGUCUAUUACUGCAGCAAGGCAUGUCAAAUAAGAGUCCUACCAGAGUCAAACCUUAGCACAGUUGAAGUAGCAGUCUUCUAGAGUAUUGAAAGUCAGGUCUAUUACUGCAGCAAGGCUUGUCAAAUAAGAGUCCUACCAGAGUCAAACCUUAGCACAGUUGAAGUAGCAGUCUUCUAGAGUAUUGAGAGUCAGGUCUAUUACUGCAGCAAGGCAUGUCAAAUAAGAGUCCUACCAGAGUCAAACCUUAGCACGGUUGAAGUAGCAGUCUUCUAGAGUAUUGAAAGUCAGGUCUAUUACUGCAGCAAGGCAUGUCAAAUAAGAGUCCUACCAGAGUCAAACCUUAGCACAGUUGAAGUAGCAGUCUUCUAGAGCAUUGAAAGUCAGGUCUAUUACUGCAGCAAGGCAUGUCAGAUAAGAGUCCUACCAGAGUCGAACCUUAGCACGGUUGAAGUAGCAGUCUUCUAGAGUCCCGAAAGUCAGGUCUAUUACUGCAGCAAGGCAUGUCAGAUAAGAGUCCUACCAGAGUCAAACCUUAGCACAGUUGAAGUAGCAGUCUUCUAGAGUCUUAGAUGAUUGCAUCAGUCACGUCAUCAAAUCGACUUUAAAGAUAAAGUUGAGUUCUGGUCAUGUGUGAUUGCAUUAUGAAAGAAUCGAUGUGGAAUCAAUCAGAAUAGGUUGAUCAUUUAGUAUAUAAGUAUCCAUGUGUAUUGCAAGGUUCUGGAAUUAUCAAAAUGAUAAGAAAUUUGGCCGAAUCUUGGUAAAUUUACAAACACUGUAUACAGAAAGAUGUAUAUGGGACUACAUGUGGCAUUAAAAUCCGUCCCAAUUUCUAUGAUGUUCCAUGCCAUAUUUAGAAUAUGAAGGCAUUUGAAGAGCCAUCCUCUUCAGGGAACAUGUUUUAUCUGAUGUUCUUCCACACUUGCAUAAUAACAAUGAUAAUGCUCACAAAUUAAUUGUCACCUCUCCCCGGAACUCAACCUUCUCUUUAAACUAUCUCCAAACAGACCUACAUGUAUAGUUGGUCAUUCAGUUACUGGUCUUGUCGGUGUGGCUGGGGUAUAACACCAAGCCAUAAAUCAGUGAGACUUGGGUCUACUACUGUAGCAAGGCAUGAGUGCUACAGUAUGUGAGUUGCUGCAGGCUUUGAUGCAGAAGGCUACAUGAAUCUGAUGCGCUUGAUGACUAAAAAAAAUAGGCAUGCGAUCGCAAAUACCCAUAACUUUGU